UCUCAGACACUUGACCAGCUGAAAACCCUUCACAGUGCAUCUGUACUGGUUCUUUGUACAUCCAGAAAAUGCCAGUGAAAAAGAAAAGAAAAUCCUCUGGGUCAGAAGAUUUGGGCAUGAAAAAAUGUAAAAUAACCAGUUUUAUUAGAACACCACAAGCGCCAACUAAACUUAUAAGCGAAGAUGAACAUUUUUCAAGCAAAAAGUGUUUAGCUUGGUUCUAUGAAUAUGCAGGCCCUGAUGAGGUUGUAGGGCCUGAAGGAAUGGAAAAAUUCUGUGAAGACAUUGGUGUUGAACCUGAAAAUAUAAUCAUGUUAGUUUUAGCCUGGAAGUUGGAGGCCGUGAAUAUGGGAUUUUUCACAAAGGAAGAGUGGGUCAAAGGCAUGACGAAAUUACAGUGUGACUGCACAGAAAAGUUGCAAAGUAAAUUUGAUUAUUUGAGGUCACUUCUUAACGAUACUGCAACAUUUAAGAAUAUCUACAGAUAUGCUUUUGAUUUUGCUAGGGAUAAAGACCAGCGUAGCCUUGAUCUCGACACUGCAAAGUCUAUGUUAGCUCUGGUAUUGGGAAGAACAUGGCCCCUGUUCUCAGUUUUUUACCAGUUCUUGGAGCAAUCGAAGUACAAAGUCAUGAACAAGGAUCAGUGGUUCAAUGUACUAGAAUUCAGCAGAACUGUGCAUGCAGACCUGGCUAACUAUGAUGAAGAUGGAGCAUGGCCUGUACUACUUGAUGAAUUUGUUGAAUGGCAGAAGGCUCGACAAGCAUCCUAGCAAAAAAAAAAAAAAAUCUGAUAUGUUUUGUUGUCUGCAUACAGAGAGGGGGAGCAAGAAAGCCACAGGUCACUGUUUAAACUCAAGUCUACUCAGUGUUAACAAGAAGGGAGAUUUUUCACAUUGUGUGUUAGGAGUACUUUAACACACAAGCCAUGUGAUACAUAAGCUGAAGGGUGUUUUGAUUUGGUGUCAUGCUGUUUUAUAGCAAGUUUCAUAUCCAGAAUGCAUUUCUUUGUGGAAAAUAAAGUAGAAUGGUAAAAAUUCCCUUAAAUUAUUUGAUAAACUUGACCCCGACUGUCACCACCCCACUACCACUGCCAAAAAAAGUACUUAGAGGAAGAGUAUUGGAAUGUGUGUCUGCUGUUUUAUGUGUAACCUACAGUGGAAGAAAAGAAUGAUGUACUUUGCACACACUACAGAAAAUGCUAAAGGGCUUGUUUUGCUGCUGAGUCUUAAGCAAUACUGUAUUACAGGAACACAUUUGGCACUUUUUGGUAAAAGUGUGGAAUCCAUUUUUGCUUUGAAGUUCAUUCUGCAUUUGAAGCAUCCAUUUUCUUUCUUUUUUUUUAAAUAACUAACAGCUGAUUGGCAUUAACUGAAAUGCAUGUUAUACAUUUUGUAGGAUCUCGAUGUUAAGAUACAGGCACAUUGCAUAUUUUCAGAAGUCAUUAGCACUUUCACAGGCAAAGGCUAUGUUCAGUUUUUGCAUAUACAGUGUUUUGAAACAUUAUAUCCAUAUGCAGAUACACGCUGCUAAUUUUCCUUUUUCUAAACAUGAAUGAGGUGUGUGUAGCAGGUAUGCAUGGUGUUAAUAUGCACGUCCUGACACUUGAUUGUUUUGCUUCAGCAUUCUAGUCUCUCAUGGAAUCCUCUGGUUUUAGUUUUGAAAUUUGCUUUCCUGUCUCCUCCCUGUGUAGUUACUUUUGGAUUUGUUUUCAGAUUAUGAUGCAGGGUAUUGCUGCUGUUUAAUGAGUUUUCCAUGGAUGUUGGACAGACAGAUGUUCCCUUUUUUCUAAUUGUCACCUCUGCUAUCCAGCAAAACACAUUUUGUAUAGCAAAUUUUGAGAAAUGGUGCUUUCUUUUUCAGAAGAAGGAUGUCAGUUGUUGGCUUGUGUUUCUUUUUUUAAUGUUUUUUUCGUCAAGAAGUCCGACAGGAUACAGGUCACUGAACCAUUUUGGUUAAAGAGUUUGUUGCAUUUCACUUUAAUGUAACUCAUGUUAAUGGACAAAGAUCUGGUUAGGAGAUUGUAAAAUACCCAGUUCAUUAGUCAGAUAUGUAUGUAUAAAAUGAGAUAAAUAUUGUUACUGACCAGCUGUUGUAUUUAAACCUGAGCACCUCCAAAUAUGUUGUGCCAUAUUGCGUGUGUAAGCACAUGAAAACUUGUACAUCUGACUGAUGUACCAGAAAGCUGCACUGUGCCUCUCUGUGAUAUGAAAUGGGUCUUUAGUAGUGUUAACAUCUGUUUUGAAUUAAUUUAUGCCAUUAUUUCUUGAAGUGUCUUUGUUUAAAUUGUUUUCCAAGAAACAUGAACUGUGCCACAUUUUCAACAUGCACAUAAUUUUGCAUUGUAAUAUCUCUUGUGCAUGAACUUUAAAACAUUUCACAUGAACUGCUGCUAGACAUUGUAUUGUAUAGUUUUUUUUUGUUUUGUUUUUUUCCCCCUUCCUUUGGGGGAUGAUCUUUAGUGGCCAUAGCUUCUUUCAUGAGAGCUGCAUCCUUUGAAUAGUGUGGUGCUCCACUGGUUUGAAAGAAAAGACUGUUACCUGUUAUCUUUGAUUCCCAGGGUAUAAUCCUAGCCACUGACUGCAUUGUUGGGCAAAAUAUUUGACUUAUGUUCUUUUUUUCCGUAGCCUAGCAAAAUGGGGGACCACUGCAUAUUAUACAAAUUCAGUGGAACUCUGCUGUGAAUCCUUUGGCCUGAGCUUUUCCGUGGUGUAUUUUACUGCAGCCAGAUUUAUUUGUACCUGGAUGUAAAGUCUUACACUGAUAAUGCUGCAUUGUCUUACAUCAGCUGUAAGUAGCAGUUUACCAGCUGCUUGCUCUGUCUGGCUUAAAAACUGAAGUUCAGCUUUGCCAAGGUCUUGGGCUUGGUGCAGUGUUAUAUUUUUUUCUUUUUGAAGCAGCCAUAUUUCAGAAAGAUGUAUUUGAAUGUUUAAAAUGUUAACUGAAAUUUAUGUUCUAAUUCAUUUGUGUAUUUUGUAGAAUAUGCCAUUUUAAUGUUAAUUUUGUUUUAGCUCUUUCCAAAGAACUCCUAAGAUAUUAAUUUCUUAUUUCAAGAAAGUCCAUGAUGGUUAAAUUUGUGCCAUUGCUUCCAAACCUGGCAUACCUCUGUUUGUUGUAAGCAUGUUCUUCUUUGAGGAAUAAGAGGGCAUCUUUUUGUGUAGAUCAUAGUGAAGUAGUAAGCUUGGCAAUACAAGAUCAUUCUUAACCAUGUGUCUGCUUGUAUGAUGUCAGUGUUUUAUAUUUCAUAUUUCUUACUUUGACAUGUUCAUUUCUGUUUUUUGUUACUGCUCUAACAAAUCAUGUUUGCUUUCGCUGCUGCCACUGCCAGAUCUGUUUAAGUACAGCUAGCUUAAAAUCUGCUUAUGGUGGAAGAUUUAAUAUUUACCUGGUUUAACUUAACUGUUCAGGCUUUUGUCAAAUAUAGGAUUGCAGUCUACUGAACAAGUUGAUGCUAAUAUUUCUGUACAACAAAGCUGGUGUACAAAGCAUGAUCUUAUGUACUUGGUAAACAAAUUUGCUCAGUGA